AAGCGAAUUUCCGGACGUCGCGCGCAAGUUUUGUUUACAAGUGUCGGUGAAAUGUCAUCCAGGUUUAAAUGACGUAAAAUGGAGAUCCGACAGAAAACUAAUCCUGUCCGUGGCCCCUACAGGUCAUCCUAUGACAUUGAUGACUUACAAAGGGCCUUUAUGGCUGUAAAAGACAAUCAAAUGUCAAUUAGAAAAUCAGCAUUGUACUUUAAUGUCCCCAAAACAACACUUAUUGACAGGUUGCAUGGGAGAAUUAGUAUUGACACUGUGAAACCAGGCCCUGACCCACUGUUUACUCUUGAUCAGGAGUCUCUACUGGCAAGUCACAUCCAAACUAUGGGUGAAGUAGGCUUUGGGUACACCAGGCAAGAGACUAUAAACCUUGCAAGUGAUUAUGCCUUCACCUUAGGCCUGAGACCAAGAGAAAAACCUCUUACUGAUCGUUGGUUGUACAAGUUUUUGGACCGGUGGCCAAAACUAAUGGUGAAAAACCAAGGAGCCUUGAUAUAG